CUGCGCACUGGCUGUCAAACAAGAAAACAAUCGAUUUUGUGGUGGAAAACAGGUGGGAUUGGUGGAAAUCGGGUCAUGAAAAAAGGAAAUCCGCGAGAUUCUUGGGUGAAAUUAUGGAAUUAGUGCAGGAUUACGAGCAACAGUAUGCCGUGCAGACGGCGGAAAUAACGGCCCAGAUCGGCCGGAUUGCACUCGCGAGUGGUGCGGAACGAAACAUACUCAUAUCGGAUGUUGACCGGCAACUGGAGGAAUCGCAGGAACUGCUGGAACAGAUUGGACUGGAAAUUCGAGACAUCCCACAGGGUUCUCGGGCCGCCUACACGUCGCGAUUGAACUGCUAUCAGGCGGAAUGGAAACGGUUACAGCAGGAGUUCGGCAACGCCAAGGCAGCUCGCCCCAAGGCCGGCUACGACUCCUCGGUGGAUGAUUUCGAUGAAAUCGGCAUACAGGAGGACCAAAAGCGUCGAUUGUUGGACAACACGGAGCGGCUGGAACGCACCAGUAACUAUUUGAACGACGCAUAUCGGGUGACCAUCGAGACAGAGCAGAUCGGUGCGCAGGUUCUGUCCGAUUUGAGCCAACAGCGGGAAACCAUACAAAGAUCACGUGCCAGGCUCCGAGAGACCGAUGCCGAUCUGAGCCGAUCUUCCCGUAUCCUGAACUCGAUGAUAAUGCGCGCGAUGCGGGAAAAGUUUAUCCUUGUGGUGGUUAUCGCGGCGAUAUUUCUGGUGCUUGUUUUUAGUAUAUAUUUUUCCAUUUCCUAAACACCAGCGACCACGGACGUCUGAUGGGAUGUUUUAGUCGAUUCCGAUUUUAUGUUAUCUUGUGUAUACUACUGAAUGUGGACAAAACCUGUUUCUUUAGCCCUGUUGUGAUAUUUUCCUCUGCCCACCUGCGGCACAAUCCGUAGCUGAUUUUAGGUUUUCAAUUGCGAGUCGAUAAUGCACCGAUAAAUAUAAUAAUCUACACUUUACCGCGAAUAAAGGCGAGUUCCGGAGCAUUCCGAGC